GUCUGGACGACGGCCACAGCUCCACCAGCGACAGGGAGCUGCUAGCCGGGAUGAUAGCAGAGCCUGCUUUUCUCUCUGAGUAUACUAUCUUUGCUCUGGACCAUUCCAAACGACCCAAAGUGGCCCAAAUGGCCUGUGCGAAUGCGGGCAAAGCCACCACAGCGUCCCCGAAACCCAGAGGCAACGUAAACGGGGACGAGAGCUCUUUGACGCAGCGGCCAGAGCCCCAGUCCCUGACUCAGAAGCUGCAGCUUAAGGUGCCCUCCAUGGAGUCUCUGUUCCGCUCCCCAGGGCGGGGCGAGGGUCUGUUCCACUCUGCCUCCCGGGAGAAUCUGACACGCAGCUCAUCCCGGGACUCGCUCAUGCGCCUCGUGGAGAAUGAGCCCCCAGACACCCCUGCCUACGACCCUCCUUCUGACAUCGAGAGCGAGGCAGAGGAGACCCCCAGCAGUGUGGAGGCACUCUCCAAGGAGCAGCUGCUGCAUCGCCUACAGAGGGUGGAGAGGAGUUUGGCUAACUACCGUGGGAAGUACUCUGAACUGGUCACUGCUUACCGCACAGUACAGAGAGAUAAGGAGAAAACUCAGGCCAUUCUGAGUCAAAGCCAAGACAAAGCACUGCGCAGAAUCGGGGAGCUGAGAGAGGAGCUGCAGAUGGACCAGCAGGCAAAGAAGCACCUGCAGGAGGAGUUUGAUGCAGCUCUGGAGGAGAAGGACCAACUGAUCACUGUGCUGCACACCCAGGUGGCUCUGAUGAAGAAGCGUCUGCAGGGAAUCCCAGAGGGCGGAGCUUUACCUGAAGCAGACUCGGUACAGCCUGUAGAUGCACAGGGGAUGGAGUCUGCCCCUCAAAGCCCCACCAAAGACAUGAACAGCCACAUGUCUGGCCAGAGCCAAGCAGAGGGAGGCAAUGACCCAGCAAAGGUGCUGGAGGCCCUGCAGCAGCGGGUGCGGAGGCAGGAGAGCCUGCUACAGAGGUGCAAGGAGUUACUGCACACGCACAAGGAGCGCAGUGCACAGCUGGGCAGCGAGAACGAAACGCUGCAGGAGCAGCUGCAGGAGCGCCUGCAGGAGCUGGAGAAGAUGAAGGAGCUGCACACUACAGAAAAAACACGGCUCAUCACCCAGCUACGAGAUGCCAAGAAUCUCAUCGAACAGCUGGAGCAGGACAAGGGCAUGGUGAUCGCAGAGACCAAGCGGCAGAUGCACGAGACACUGGAGAUGAAGGAGGAGGAGAUUGCUCAGCUCCGUUCCCGCAUCCAGCAGGCCACUGUGCAGAGGGAUGAGCUGCAGGAGCAGAAGGAGAAAUCUGAGAAAGCUGCAUUUGAGGAGCUGGAGCGGGCCCUGGGUGUGGCGCAGAGGGCGGAGGAGGCGCGGAGGCAACUGCAGGCCAAAAUGGAGGAGCAGGUGAAGCAGGUGGAACAAGCCAGCGAGGAAGAGAGGAGAAACCUGCAGCAGGAGCUUUCCCGUGUCAAGCAGGAGGUUGUUAACAUCAUGAAGAAGUCGUCAGACGAGCAGAUGGUGGAGAUGGAGAGUCGGCACGCAGAGGCCUUGGCCAGUAAGGAGCAGAAGCUGAACAUGAGGCUCCAGGAAAGAGAGAGCCAGCUCCAGGAACAAAUCAGCCAGGCCAUGGAGCAGUGCAGGAAGGAGAUGACUCAGGCUAUGCAAGAGAAAGAGCAGCAGGCUGCCCUAGCACUGGAAGAGAUGGAGCUGCAGAAGACUGCCAUGAUGGUGGAGCAACAGAACCAAGCCCAGGAGCUGCAGCAGGAGCUAGAGACUGCAAGGACUAAAAUUCUGGAGCUGGAGAGUUCUCAGGUGGAGCGUUCAGGUGAGGGAGCUGCACAGUCCAACAAGCUGGUGGAUCAGAUGGAGGAGGAGAGGAGAAAGUUACAGGAAGAGAUAUUUGCACUGAAAGAGAGGCACAGGCAACAGGUGGAGGCCCUGAACCAGGAUCACCAUGCAGCUAUGCAGCAGCUACAGGAGACCCACCAAACAGAGCUGGAUGCCGCUCUCAAGGAGAAAGAGCUGCAGUUCCAGGCACACAUUGGGUAUAUAAACAGCAAGACACUGGAGAAGCUGGAUGUGAAGCAGAUGGAGCUGGAAGCCCUGUCCACUGAGCUCUUGGAGGUGUUGACUAGCAGGACCCUGCUGGAACAGCAGUUGGUGGCCUCUAAACAGGAAUAUGAGACUAGGCUCCAGAAGGAGAGACUCCAAUACCAGGAGGAGAUGGAGGGCAUAAAAUCUGAGCAUGAGCAGUCCCUGGGAGGAGUAGAGAAGACACUGAAGGAGGAACUCAACAAGCUGAAGAUGGUCCUGGAGGAGAAAGAUAAAGCACUUGAAGAGCAAUUAGCAAAAGACCAGGGCCUAAAAGAAGAGAUGGCAGGGGCUCUGCAGGAAUGGAAGCUGAGGGUGGAACAACUGACUGUUUCUCAUGGUAAGGAGAUAGAAGACUGGCAAGAACAGAGCCAGGUCAUGAAAGAGGCCGAGAGGAGGCAAGCUGUGGAGCUGGAAGAGCUCAGGCAAAGUCUGCAAAUGGCCCAGUCUGAAAAAGACACAUUAAUGGAAGCCAGGAAGCAGCUGGAUGAGGCCAAGGGCGAGCUAACAAGAUGCAGGAGUCAUGUGAAAGACCUGGAGCGACAGCUUGAGGAAACCGUAAACAGCUGGACAGAAAAGGCAAAGUCUCUUCAGCAGACACUUUCAGAUGAACAACAUAAGCUGCAGCACCAAGUAGAGCAGACCAAAAAGGAGCUCUUUGAGCAAGAGCGAUAUUUUAGUGAAAUACUGGAGAAGAGGCAGCAGGAGGAGGAGCGUUUGAGAAGUAGGCUGGAGGAGGAGAGGACUGCAUCCAGGCAGAAUCUAGAGAGGGUCAAGCAGGAGCUGGAUGACAAGGUGAAAGGGCAGGAGACCAAGAUGGACAAAAUCAAGCAGAAAGUCAAAGAAAUGCAGGAGAAGUUCAAGAAGAGGCUCCAGGAACAAGAGGACAAGCUGAAGGAAGAGCUGGAGAAGAAGGAGAGGGAGCUGAGCCUGAAGGACCAGCAAGUCAAGGACAAGAUCCUGGAGAUGGCCCAGGCAAGCUCGGCGGGCAUCAAGGAUGCUGUGUCCCAAAUGGAGGCCACGCACCAGGAGCAGUUGGAGAGGUUGCAGCAUACCGGCAAGAAGGAGCAAGAGGAGCUGGUGCAGAGGUGGAAGAAGAAACUGGCCCAUCAGCAGGAAGAGAUACAGGAGAAGCACAAUGCCAUGAUGCAGGAGAAGGCCCGGGAAGUGCUGGAGCUCACACAGCAGCUGGAGGCCAUCAGGGAGGAGAAGGAGCAAGUGCUGAAGGAAAUAAAAAACCUGAGAGAGGAGCUCGUCAUGAGAGAGACCACUGUUCAGAAGCUGCAGGCAGAACUGAGAGAAGCCGCCAGCAAGCUGGAGAGUUUGUCAGAAGGGGAAACAAUGCUGAAGGCCCAAGUGGAAACCAUGGAGAAGAACCUAAACCAGGCCUUGAACGAUAGGAACGCUCUGCAGGAUCAGAUCAGUAAGGCAAAUGAGGAAAACGGAGGGAAGGUUAUGGCACUGUCAAAGGAGCUGAAAGACACCCAAGAGAAGCUUCAUGUUCUGGAAGUUUCUAGCUGUAAGGAGGGUGAGGAUCUUCACAAGAGACUUGAGUUAAGUGUCCUUCAAAUGCAAGCCAAGGAAGAAGCGUUUCGCAAUCAGAUCAAUAUGAUCAGUGAGCAGUUGGUCCGGCAGUGCAGUGAGAUCCAGAUUAAAAUGGAGGGCAGUACUGAUGAUCUGUAUCAGAAAGUUGAUGGUAGAGUCAUUGCACUAAAAGACAGAGUUGUUUGCAGUCAAAAGCGGGUAGCACAGCUCAAAAACCUCAUCCUGACCAGAACUGACAGAAUCCACACUUUAGAGGAAUGGCUUCAGCAAAAGACUGAAGAGAACAGCAGCUUGAAGAGUUUGCUUGAGCAAAUGACAUUCCAGGAAAAUGCAAACACAGAACUUAUAAAAGUUUUAACCACUGAGAAGGAAUCUCUGCAAAGAGAUGGUAAAAGGAAUUCACAGACACUUUCAGAGAAAGACCUUUGCAUUGAGCAGCUAAGAAAGGACAAUAACACCUUUUCAGAUCAUUUGAAAGAAAAUGCUUUGCACAUCAGUAGCUUGGAGGGUGCAAUAAAUGACUUGAAAACCCAGUUGGCAAGUAGUCUAGCAGAGAAAGAGGAGGCCGUGUCACGGCUGGAUCAGCAACACAGAGAGGAGCAGCAGAAGCUUGUGCACCAAAAUGAGGAGCUAUCAAAGACAGUGGAGAAGCUGAGCGAGGAGAGGACCUCAGCUCUGGAGCAGGCUGAGCAGUUUAAGAACAAGCUGUCUGAGAUGAAGAAGAAAGCCGAGGCCAAGAUCACCCAAAACCAGAGCACGAUCAAGGCCCUGGAGACCAAGCUGGAAGAGGCCGAGGCGCAGCUUGUGCAGAGGGACAAGCGACUGGAGGCCCUGGUGGCCCGCAUGGACAGCCACCCUGCCAGGGAGUCGGAGGCAGACCAUGCUCUGAGUGAGAAAGAGCAGAGUCUCCUUGUUCUGACCGUGGAGCUGGCGACCUGCACCAGCAGGCUGGCAGAGCUGGAGGAGAUACUGGCGGCACGCUCCAGGGAGUGCGAGAGGCUGAAUGCUGACCUGCAGCACCAGGCCCAGGCAUGGGAAGAUGAGAGGAGGGACCUGGCAGAGCGGCUCCACCAGGCCCAGGUUCAGUCUUCCCAGGAUGGAAGCCUGGUGCAGGAGACGCAGGAGAAGCUGCAGUCAAUUGUGGAGGAGACUCAGGCUGCCCACCAGGACCUCAAGCAGCAAAGGGAGGAUUUUGAGAGGGUGAAAGCCGAAAUUCUCAGGGACAAAAAUGAGGCACUCAAGGCCGCUGAUGAAAGGAUCUCUUUAGAGAGUGCAGGCAAACUAGCUGAGCUGAAGAAGAAGGCAGAGCAUAAAAUUGGUCUGGUUCGGAAGCAGCUGACUGCCCAGAUAGAGGAGAAGGAGCAGUGCCUGAAAGCCUUGGAACUGCAGCUAGAAGAAACCAGGCAGAGCUUGAAUGUGAAGGAUCAGUGCAUCACAGCGCUGAAGGAGCAAGUGGAAUCCCUACAAGGCAUGGUGAGUAGCAGGAAGGAUGAGGUGGAGAAGCAGAUGGAGAAAGUAAGGAAUGACAGCAGGCUGGAAAGUGAGAGCUCUUUGCAGUUGAGGGAGACAUAUGAAGACAAGCUAUGCGCUCUUCGGCUAGAAGUCACCAGCCAGGAGGAAAUGAUACAGGCAAUUCAAGAGAGAGAAAAGGAAAAGAAUUCAACCCAAGAGGAGGCUCGCGCUCAGCUCGAAGAGGUCCUGGAAAAGCUCAAGCAAACAGAGGAAGAGAAAGCAAACUAUCAGAAUGAAAUUAAUCGACUAAAUGCAGAUUUGCUGAAGCAGACCUCUCGGGUCCAGCAUCAGGAAGAAAUGGCUGGGCCUUGCGUGGAUCUACAAGGACAAACCCGAGCAAAAGAGAACAAGGAUGAGCAGCAAUGCCUAGAAAACCUGCAGAAGAAUAUGGGGGAAGAAGAGCUGGCAAAGAAGUCCCUGAAGGAGAUAGAAGCUUGUCUGACUGCAGAACAGGAGAAGCUGAACCGUGAAAGAGAUUCUUUGGUUGAAGAAUAUGAGCAGAAACUUAUGGAAAUGGGCAGACGGCUGGAGAAGAGCGAGAGUCUACUCAGAGUUUACGAGGAGGGGCUGCCAGAGAAGCUGACAGCUGAUGCCCAAGGCCUACUCACGGAGAUGAGAACCCAGCAGAAGGAGCUGUGCAGCAAGUUGUCAGAGACAGAAAAGGAGAAGCAGAAGCUGCGCAAGGAGUUCAACAGCCUUCAGAAAGAGCUCCGUGCUCUGAGGAAGGAGCACGAGCAGGAGCUUGAGUACCUCAAGAAGGAGAUUGCCAAGGAAAAUGAGAAGAAGCUGAAGCUAGAGCUGGAGGAUGCUGAGAUGAAGCACAACUCAGGCUUGAAACAGCUAAUGAGGGAGUUCAACACACAGAUGGCAAACAAGGAACAGGAGCUGGAGGCUGCAGUCAAAGAGGCUGUUGGAAAGGCACAGGAAGUUGAGUUGGAGCUGAUGGAGAGCCAUCGAGAGGAAGCCAGUCAGCUGCAUAAGAUGAUUGCUCAGAAAGAGGCCGACCUCCAUAGAACAGUUCAGAGAUACGAGGAAAUCCUGCAGAGCCGAGAGGAGGAGAUGGGUGCAAGAGUAUGGGAGCUGCAGAAGGAGCUGGAUGAACUUCAGCAGAGGAUGCAGAACAGCCCACAGGGGUGUCUGGCAGACCUUCAGGCUCAGCUGGCCCAGAAGACUACCCUGCUGAGUGAGGCUAAGCUGAAAGAGCAAGAGUUCCAGGAGAGGAUUCACGGUCUGGAGGACAAACUGAGGUGUGUCCACAAGAACUCGGUGGUGACUCACCUAGGCGCGACCUACAGAGAUGCAAGUCAUUUUGGUGCCGACGCCUUCCCGGAACCCACUGAGUUCGAGUACCUGAGGAAAGUGAUGUUUGAGUACAUGAUGGGGCGAGAGACUAAGACCAUGGCCAAAGUCAUCACGUCUAUGCUGAAGUUCCCCCCAGAGCAGACCCAGAAGAUUCUGGAAAAGGAGGACUCAAGAACACUGACAUGGCUACGGUGAGGUGUGUCCCAGGCAGAGACUGGGGAGGUCCAGUAACUGCUGCAGCACAAAUACGGGGAAGAGGGCAACCUGUGGAGGACUUGAACUAACGUGUGUGUGUGUGUUUGCAUGCUUGGCAAAUGGUAAAAGGGACUCUCAUAGUAUUCCAGGGUGUAUAUGAGGUCAUAGCCCAGACAGAUUCAUCUACUUUGGCGAAAAUAAUGAUGCUUAUUGAAUUAUGAAUUAUGAAUUAUCAGUUUGUAGUCAGAGCAGUUAUGGUUAGGGUUUCCUUUUUAUGUUUUCUGAUUUUUUGUUUAGGUUUUGUGUAUGAAUGAAUGGUUUGUGCAAUAAAUCAAACCUUCUUUUUGUGGUUUUUAUGAUUUGUUUCUUGCUCCUGUAACCUGGUUGUUUCUCACGGAUGGUGUGCCGAAUGGAGUCAGUGACAGUUCUGUGUGCACUUCCUCCUAUGCUUUGUCGGACAGCUGGAUCGUAGUACCUCAUUUGUUUAUCACAACUUUUGUACUUUAUAUUUUCUGGAGAAAUACAAACUGAUUAAAAUUGCAUAUUCUAUUGUAAAUUGUAAAUAAGCAAGUUAAAUCUGUACUAUA